UUGAAUAGACCUUGUUACUGCUGCACGGCAGACUGUCCCUUUAACCCUGCGAUCACUGUGGCUGCUUGGUGUGCGCGAGUAACCAGCAGCUUGUUGAUUUCUGAUCUCAGCCACACAUUAUUUUCAUUUUAGUUUGUUUAUUAACUUUGAGCGAAAACAGAAAUAUAACCCAUAGGAGCCCUGGGUCAAAACCAAAGGGUCUGGCGCUGGGGCGAUCUUGAGAGCGGAUUGCCGAAAACGUCCGCCUUGAGCUCGGAUCCCUGAGAAGCGAGGGACAGGGAAGGCUCUCCUUUGCCAAGUCUGUUCAGUAUUUUCCCAAUGAAGAUGGCGGCUCCUAUUCUUGCCAGCAGGGCUGGAUCUGUUAAUAACACCGGAACCGGUACCGGAUCCGGCACCAGCAUCAACAACAACAAUAAAACCGCUCCAAGCUUCCCGGAGCUGGACUUCAGGUCCGGAGCGAGGAUCGAGGAAUUAAAUAAGCUUAUUCUGGAUUUCAGCAAAAACGAUCAGAGGGAAUAUGACGACCAGCGGGCUUUGGAGAUCCACACAGCUAAGGAUUUCAUCUUCUCCAUGCUCGGCAUGGUGCAGAAGCUGGAUCAGAAGCUUCCUGUUGCUAAUGAGUACCUGCUCCUCUCUGGAGGAGUUCGAGAGGGGGUGGUGGACAUGGAUCUGGACGAGCUCAAUGUCUACGCCAGAGGCACCGACUACGACAUGGACUUCACACUGCUGGUCCCGGCACUGAAACUCCAUGACCGCAAUCAGCCGGUCACCUUGGACAUGCGGCACUCUGCCCUGUGCCACUCCUGGCUGAGCCUCAGGCUUUUUGAUGAAGGGACCAUUAACAAAUGGAAAGACUGCUGCACCAUCGUUGAUCACAUCAACGGCGCCUCCAACUAUUUCUUCUCGCCCACCAGUGUGGCGGAUUGGUUUUAUGAGUCCAUCAGCGUGGUCUUGGUGGAGAUUCAGAAGAAGCCUCAGCGGGGGAUGCCCAAGGUGGAGAAGGUGGAGAAGAAUGGGACAGUAAUAUCCGUUAUUCUGGGGGUGGGCAGCAGCCGCAUGCUCUAUGACAUUGUACCAGUUGUGUCUUUCAAAGGCUGGCCAGCAGUGGCCCAGAGCUGGCUGAUGGAAAACCAUUUCUGGGAUGGCAAGAUAACAGAGGAGGAAGUGAUCAGUGGGUUUUAUCUGGUGCCUGCUUGCUCUUUUAAAGGUCGGAAGGAGAAUGAAUGGAGGCUGUCCUUUGCAAGGAGUGAGGUGCAGCUAAAGAAGUGCAUCUCAGGUAGUCUAAUGCAAGCCUAUCAAGCCUGCAAGGCCAUCAUCAUUAAAUUGUUAUCCAGACCCAAAGCCAUUAGCCCUUACCACCUUAGGAGCAUGAUGCUCUGGGCUUGUGACAGGCUUCCAACCCAUUACCUCUCCCAGGAAGACUACUCGGCUCAUUUCUUACUCGGACUUAUAGAUGACCUCCAACACUGCCUAGUAAACAAGAUGUGCCCAAACUAUUUUAUCCCGCAGUGCAACAUGCUGGAGCACCUCUCCGAUGAGACUGUGGUGCUGCACGCUCGCAAGCUGUCCUCAGUGCGGUCCGACCCCACGGAGCACCUGAGAACGGCCAUCGAGCAGCUCAAAGCAGCCAAUCAGCUGACUGUGGAUCUGCAGAGGAGAGGCAGCUCCUCCAGCAUCCCCUCCCCACUGUCCGACGGGGGGGAGACCCAACCUGACGACCGGCUAGCAAAGAAACUGCAACAGCUAGUGACUGAGAACCCGGGCAAGUCCAUCUCUGUGUUCAUCAACCCCGAUGACGUCACGCGCCCUCACUUCCGCAUCGACGAUAAGUUCUUCUGAGGGGCUUUCACCAGGUUUCCUCUAGAACAUUGUGACGUUCCGUGUCCCAUGCGGUUCCUUGUUAUAUUUACAUCUAGACUGCUUCUGCAGGGCACAUGUUUGAGUGUUGGAAUGAUCUGCUGGUAGUGUAUUCCAUGUAUAUAAGAUGAGGGCUCAUGUAUACUUUUAAAGGAGAACUGAAACCUAUACCUGUUUACAAUGCUGUAUUAUGACUGUUUGUUUAUUUCAGUUUCUGGAAAUGUCUUUUUAACCUCCUGUGCCGUAUAUGUGAUUUAGAAAGUUGUAUACGUAGCACGUAGAAGUAUAGUCCUAAGAUUUGUGUUCUAUUACAUGAAAUCUUGGAUUGCUCUGCUUGUUUUGCACUGAAGGCUGAAGGAAUUCUCCUCAGUCCUCGGUGCGUCUGCAUGAUGAUCUUACCUGCACAGUGAACAGGUUCACAGUACGGUUGUAUUUUAAAGAGGGAGAUAGAGUGUGCAAAGAUGCAUAAUGCAGUUUAGAUGCAAGUUUUUGCAUAAAACCUACUACAUUUUAGAUAUAAAUAAAUGAUAUUUUCUUUACAGUUAUGUGUAUUUUGCUUUAUGUAAAAUGAACAAUUACAUGCCAAAAAGUGACUAAACCUGGCUGUUGGGAUUUCACCUUUGCAGACCCAUUGACAAGUGCAAUUAGACUGUUUGGGCUUUAACAAAUAUUGCCCAAAUUAUAUAUUAAUAUAUAUAUAUAUAUAUAUAUAUAUAUAUAUAUAUAUAUAUAUAUAUAUAUAUAUAUUGUAACGGCCCGGCACUCAUUCGGGUUCGUGCCCCUUUAAAUUACGACCCACAACAACAGAAAUGGAGUUUCAAGCGCGGUUGCGCUAUUUUUUUAAUGAACACAAACAAAACAAAACACACAAAAUAAACACCUAGCUCCUCUUGGAGCGCUAACUAUACAGGUUAUUCCCUUAUUACCUGCUAACACAAACGCAAAUAAACUGCACACAGCACUUACUCUUCGGACUGCUCGGAAACAGAGCACGUCUUCUGUCUCCUUCUACUCAACAGCCUCGUACAAACAGGCUGCACGUCUUAAAUACCCCGCGCCUGGCAUUAAUUUACAAUAAAGCCCAGUUGCGGGUGCUAAUUAACCAAUAAACAAUUAAACAAAAUGUGCAUACCACACAUGUUCCUCUCGCAGGGAGGUUUUAACCCCCUCCCUGCUGUUUCUCAUAACCCGCUAUUUCACUAUAUAUAUAUAUAUAUAUAUAUAUAUAUAUAUAUAAUUUCAUAUAUUAUUGGGAUUCAUUAUCUGUGCAAACAACCUCCAGAGGUUUAUAGACCAUGGGAACAGGUGCUGUACCACACUGGUUUAGUUCUCCUUUAAAAUCUGUCAGUGUUGUACUUCAUAUCCAUCAAUAAUAUCCACAAUUCUUGUUUAUUAUGUCUUUUAAAAAUACAUGUUAUGCAGAAUGUUAAAUACGUGACAAGCAUUUACAUUAGCUAUAAAGUUAAUUGUAUUUAUUUUUCUGCUACCCAGAUCUAAGAUGAACAAAGUUAUAUGAUGCUUUUCAAUUCUGCAAAUGUAAUUAAUAAAGCAUACUGCAUAUACAUACAGUGUGGAAAUGUGAUUAGCUUUCUGUGUAUAAUGUGACUUUUACUUAGAUGACUGUAACUUAAGGCAAGAGAGAUGUAUGAGAUAAUGAAGAAUUACUCUCAUGAUUGUGGCACUUUUCUUAUUGCAGGAUUUCAAUGCAAAAUAUUAUGGACCGGUUUCUCCAGUAUCAAAAACUAAAGCUGACUUUUCUAUCUCUGUAUAUAAGAAAUGAUUACUCAAGUAAUAAAAGGAUCUCACAUCA